AACCCACUUGUAUUAAAUAAACAUCAACUUUAGUCUUUAGUUAGCCAACUAAAUCAAGAACUAACAAGUUCACUUGAGCAUCCCCAGCAGAAAACCAUACCAAUUUUUUUCGUUAGAUUGACUGUCAGCUAGCCCGGGUUAAUUGAGUAGAAGCUAGCAUUCAAAAAGGGCUCUGUGACACUCACGAAGCUAAACGUCCAAAGCUGGUGAUCUGCUUGCCAAUGGAGAACUCUAGAGUCGUCCCCAGUAUGACAACUCCUGUGUCUUUUGAUGAGGAAGAAUAUGCUUCUCAGUCCAUGUUGCUUCAAGAAUUCUCAAAAGUCUCCAACAUUGAACAAGCAUGGACCUUUAAGUCUACCACUGGUGCCUCCCAAGCAAUGUUUUUGAUUAGCCAGACGAAUCUUUUGGGCAACAGGAAGAGAAAACAUAUUUUAAGCAGUAAUAUUUCUAGAGAAAGUACCAACACUGUGAGCUUUCAGUGGGCAACAUUUCCUAUUGAGGUUACAGGGGCAUCUGUAAUAGUUCCAUCACCAUCAAGUUCAAAACUCCUUGUAGUUCGAAAUAAUGAAAAUCAAUCUCCGACCACAUUUGAAAUUUGGAAUUCCUCUCACUUGGAAAAGGACUUCUCUGUUCCUCAAUCUAUCCAUGGUUCAGUGUAUGCAGAUGGUUGGUUUGAGGGAAUUUCAUGGGAUUCUAGUGAAAAAUUCAUUGCUUACGUGGCCGAGGAACCAGCUCCCUCAAAGCCCACUUUUGGUGACAUGGGUUACACAAAAGUUGGAUCUAAAGAUGUAGAUAGUGGUAGCUGGCAAGGCCAGGGAAGUUGGGAUGAGGACUGGGGAGAAACUUAUGCAGGGAAAAGGCAGUCUGGGCUGUUUGUCAUUGAUAUUAACAGUGGAGUUAUACGUCCUGUUAACGGAAUUCCAAAGUCAUUAAGUGUUGGACAAGUAAUAUGGGCUCCGUCAAGUCGAGAUUCGCAUCAAAAUUUGGUUUUUGUUGGAUGGCCAUCAAGCAAAAGAAAACUUGGUAUCAAAUACUGUUCCAAUAGACCUUGUUUCUUAUAUGCUGUAAGGUCUCCGUUUCAUGAACCGGAAGCCGAUUCAACGCAACACAUGGGUGAUGCAAAUGAUAAUUCUUCCAUGAUUAUUCUAACUGAUGGCACAACUAGUGCUUCACGUCCACGUUUCAGCCCAGACGGUAAGUUACUCGUGUUUUCAUCAGCAAAAUGUUCUGUAGAAUCUGGGGCACAUAAUGCUACAGAAUCUCUUCAUAGAAUAGAUUGGCCAAUUGAUGGGAAUCUAUGUUCUUCGAUGAAGAUUAUUGAUGUGGUACCUGCCGUGAUGUGUGCUGAGGAAGGCUGCUUUCCAGGGCUUUACUUUCCAUCCAUCCUGAACAAACCCUGGCUUUCAGAUGGAUAUACCAUGGUCUUAUCUUCUAUAUGGGGUAGCACUCAAACAAUUCUUCUUGUAAAUGUAUUGAGUGGAAAUGUAUCGCGCAUCAGCCCUUCCAACUCAAACUUUUCAUGGGAUGUUCUUGCACUGGAUGGGGAUAGUCUUAUUUCUGUCUGUAGCAGCCCGAUACAUAUUCCUCAAAUCAAGUAUGGCCUUCCUAUUGGUGAAACGUUGUCUUCUGCUCCAUGGAGCUGGAUAGAUGUUUCAAGCUCUAUAUUAAGAUGCUCGGAGAAGGUUAGUUCUUCGCUGUCAGCUCUGCAAUUUAGUAUAAUGAAAAUUCCAGUCAAGGAUAUAUCUGGGGAUGAGAAGCUAACAGAAGGUCAUAAAAGACCCUUUGAAGCUAUAUUUGUGUCAUCCAGUCUUGAGAAGCAUGAUAUGUGCGAUCCACUGAUAGUAAGUCUUCAUGGUGGACCUCAUGAUGUCUCUUUGUCAACCUUCUCGAAGUCGUUAGCUUUCCUUGCUUCAGUCGGUUUCAGCUUGCUAAUUGUAAACUAUAGAGGAUCGUUGGGUUUUGGUGAAGAAGCAUUGCAAUCUCUCCCUGGAAAUGUCGGAUCCCAGGAUGUUAAUGAUGUACUCAAUGCUAUUGAUCAUGUCACUAAUAUGGGACUUGUGGACCCAUCCAAGAUCGCUCUGCUUGGUAAUUCCCAUGGUGGAUUCUUGGCAACACACUUGAUUGGCCAGGCUCCAGAUAAAUUUGUUGCAGCAGCUGUAAGAAAUCCCGUUUGCAACCUUUCUUUGAUGGUCGGGACAACUGAUAUACCGGAUUGGUGUUAUGUCGGAGCAUAUGGUAGCAAAGGAAAAUCUCUCUUUACAGAAGCUCCAUCAGCUGAACACCUUGCAGAACUUUACAGAAAGUCUCCAAUUUCACAUGUGUCAAAGGUGAAAGCUCCCACAUUGUUCCUCUUAGGCGCAAUGGACGUUCGGGUUCCAAUUCCAGAUGGAUUGCAAUAUGCACGAGCAUUAAAGGAGAAAGGAGUAGAGGUGAAAAUUAUAGUCUUUCCUAAUGAUGUGCAUGCCAUCAAUAGGCCACAGUCGGACUUCGAAAGCUUUCUGAAUAUCGGAGUGUGGUUCAAGAAAUACUGUAACCAAGCUGCUGGCUUAUCCCAAAAGAACUAGUAAAACUACAGCGAUGUAAUAAAUGUAAAAGUAAUAGCGAAAUAAUGUGGGUGUUUGGACACUGGACUUCUGGGUUUUUUUUACAAAGAAGUGCUUCUUAUGAAUUAUGGAAGCCCGAAGCAAGAAGUUAGGUUUCCCGGCUUUUUUGUAACCACACUUGCUGCUUCUUUAUAACAGAAAAAGAAGUUAAACUUUUAAUAA